AUGAUGAGUAAACGUUGCAGUCACCUCUUAAGUCUACUCUUCGUCUCUACUCUUCUGAGCUUCCCGUUCAUAACCAUAUCAGAGACGCCGUGUCCGUACCCUUGUUACCCUCCUCCAACUGGUGGUGGCUCAACUCAACCGACCGGUUAUUACCCUCCUCCAGCCGGUAAUUAUCCUCCUCCAACUGGUUAUAACCCUCCUCCAACUGGAAAUGUACCGAAUUACCCUUCUCCACCGUACGUCGGAGGUGACUCCGGCGGAGGAUAUUACGGUCCUCCACCGCCUGACCCUAUCUUGCCUUACUUCCCGUUCUACUACAGAAAGCCUCCUCAUCAGACGGAUCAGUCAUCAUCUUCAUCUGUUUCAGUGGGAUCAACGGUCAAGAUUGUAAUGGUGGCAAGUGUUCUUGCGUUUCUUCGGGGUGGAUUUAUGGCAUGGGCAAUUGCACUUAAUUCACGUUAA